AUGCGUGUUCGAGUAGGUAAUUUGCUUAUAAAUACUGUUUUUGAUAGUGGCGCCGAGUGUUCCAUUAUGCGUGAAUCUAUUGCAAAUAAAUUGCCAGGGCAUUGUAGUAAUCAAAUUGUGAACUAUUUACGUGGAAUAGGUCCAUUCCCUGUUAUAUCUACCAGCACGUUAACGGCUAUAUGCGUGAUAAAUAAUAUUCAUGUAGAGAUCUUGUUUCACGUACUACCCGACUUUGAAAUGACUUCAGACGUUUUAAUUGGUGCAAACUUACUACAUGAAACUGGUCUAAGUGUAAUCGUUACCCGAAAUAGUGCUACGCUAAUAUCUCAACCUCGUGUCAUGCAUAUACGAUCUCAUAGUCCUAUUUUUGAAAAUUUAAAUCAUGAUUUAACUGAUGAGUUUGAGAUAAAUCAACUACUCGCUCUUCUUAAUAAGUACUCUUUUGUCUUUACUCAAGGUUACGCUAAAUCUCGCGUUAACACUGGUGAAUUAGAAAUCCGUCUUAAAAACCCCGAUAAAUAUGUAGAACGUAGACCCUAUAGAUUAAGUCCCGUUGAGCGCCAGAAAGUUAAAGAUAUAGUUUCUGAAUUGAUUACACAUAAAAUAAUCAGAGAAAGUAAAUCCCCUUAUUCUAGCCCUAUUAUUCUGGUCAAGAAGAAAAACGGAGACGAUAGAAUGUGCGUCGACUAUCGCGAACUAAAUGCCAAUACGGUACGCGAUCAUUAUCCUCUUCCAUUGAUCGCGGACCAGAUCGAUAAGUUGGCUGGUGGUCAUUACUUCACAACUCUUGAUAUGGCCUUUGGAUUUCAUCAGAUACCCAUUUCUCCUAAUUCAGUGGAAAAGACUGCUUUCGUGACACCUGAUGGUCUUUAUGAAUACCUGACCAUGCCGUUUGGCCUUUGUAAUGCACCAUCAGUGUACCAAAGAUGUAUAAACCGUGCGCUAGGACCGCUCUUAAAUCCAGGCAGUUCCGACAAUGGUCAUAACGAUAGCGUCGCACAAGUAUAUAUUGAUGAUGUCAUUAGUAAAUGCCGCAAUUACUCUUGUGGUCUCUCGUUUUUGGAAAGAAUCCUAAUCGCAUUACGUGAUUCUGGAUUCUCUAUCAAUAUAGAAAAAUGUCUCUUCUUCAAACGUUCUAUUGAGUAUCUUGGCAACAUCAUAGAAAAUGGUGAAGUCCGUCCAAGCCCUAAAAAGAUUGAUGCCUUAUUAAAAGCUCCCGUCCCAACUACCGUAAAACAAGUUCGCCAGUUUAACGGCCUCGCUGGCUAUUUUCGCCGCUUCAUUCCUGAUUUUGCUAGAGUUAUGGUCCCUCGGUAUAACCUUACCAAACAAGGAGUUAAAUGGGAAUGGACCAACUUUCACGAAGAGGUACGUCAGAAGAUCAUCCACCACCUUACUUCUUCACCAGUCCUCACAAUAUUUCGAGAAGGUGAACCUAUAGAAUUAUUUACCGAUGCUAGUAGCCUCGGCUUUGGGGCAAUACUAAUUCAGAUCAUUAACGGUCGACAACAUACCGUAGCCUACUUUAGUAUGCGUACCACAGACGCUGAGAGUAGAUACCAUUCAUAUGAGCUAGAGACGCUGGCAGUAGUUCGCGCCAUUAAACACUUCCGACAUUUUCUGUACGGACGUAAAUUUAAAGUGAUCACGGACUGCAAUGCACUAAGAGCUUCAAAGCACAAACAAGACCUUCUCCCUCGCAUACACCGGUGGUGGUCCUAUCUCCAAAAUUUUGAAUUUGACAUAGAAUACAGAAAAGGUGAACGAAUGCAACAUGCUGAUUUCCUUAGCAGAAAUCCGCUCUCGCUGAAUGUUAAUGUUAUGACAAGAAACUUGGAAUGGCUUAACGUAGAACAGCGACGAGAUGCCCAGCUCCGUCCUGUCAUAGACUCUUUACACAACGGUGAUAUCGUUCCAGGAUAUUUGCUUGAAAGUAACGCUCUUAAGCGUGAAAGAUGA